UAACCCCGAUUCAAUAUUUUUUCCAUGUGUUUCAGAGAAGCUGUACAUGUAGCCUACAUGUGAAUGCUUAUUUUGUGAUUCCUGGUACUACUAGUAAAUCAUAAUGAGAAAGAGACAGAAGAGAGUAAGAAAACUCAUCAGUUUCUACAAGAACAAUUUUGGACUGAAUACUCCAUACAAUAUCCUAGUUGAUGGAACAUUCUGUAAAUCAGCACUGACAUUCAAGGUUAAUAUCAGUGACCAGAUGCCCCGCUACAUGGAGGGAGAGGUCAACAUAAUAACAACGGAGUGUAUUAAAGAAGAAUGUGCUGCAUUUGGUACCCUUCUAUAUGGCCCACUGAAGAUCCUACAACAGUUUAAUGUACAGCACUGUAAGCACAGCAAACCAGUCAAGGCAGCCAGAUGCAUACAGUCGAUUGUGAAGAAAACCCAGGGGGGACAACUCAUAGUUGCAACUCAGGAUCACGGAUUGAGAGAACAACUGAGGGAAACACAUCCUGGAGUGCCCCUUUUAUUUAUGGCCUAUAAUGCCAUUAACAUGGAAUCUCCAACAGAACUCUCCAAAGGAACGGCAGACAAGGAACUGCAAGCGCGAAUAGCUCCUUCAGAGCAUCAAAUGGACGUGCUAAAAAAACUCAAAGUUCAGGCAUUUGGUGAGGAGCCUGUGAAGAAAAAAUUUAAAAGGAAAGGGCCCAAGGGUCCAAACCCACUGUCCUGUAAAAAGUCAAAAAAGGGAGAAAAGAAUAAAGCAAAGAAAUCAUUUUUAGAAAGUGCAGUGGAUAAAAGAAAGAAACGAAGAAAAAGGAAUCAUGAGAAAAAGUUGAACAAUGCUACACUUGGUGAACAUUUGAAAGCUGCCGUGAAUAGCUAGCUUAAUUGUCUUAAAUAAAUAAAGAGUACUGAUAUACGGCUGUUGAAGUACAUGUAUUCUAUGCAGUGUUUCUAUCUUGCAUUGAAAUAAGAUUUGCAUCACUUUUGGCAUGUUUUUAACCCUCCCCAGUAAUCAAGAGUUACUAAAACAGUGUCCAACUCAUUAAAUACAACUUUAUAUCAUGAUUAUAAAGCCUACCAAGUUUCAAAGGAAGAAUUUGAUAUCUGUACGAUCUCAGGGACAAAAACAAAAUGCUAAAAUAAACAAACGGCAAUAACUUUUGCAAAAAUAGUUGAAUCAAAAUGACUCUCAGGAACCUACACAUGAAGUUUGAGACACAUCCCUCCAGUACCUUCUAUGAAAUAGAGAUCACAAACUUCAAUUCUCAUAAUCCAAGAUGGCCGCUUGUCUGAUUAUUAGUAGGUAUUUGUAGUAAGAAGGAAAAUCAUCCAUUUACAUCCGUAGCUUUGUUUAACCCCCGGUAACUACCACAUCUUCAAGUUUUCAGCCUUUUCUGCUGUGACUGCAUCACUCAAGAGAUAUGCUGAAAUCUUAAUCAUCAGCACAGGGAAUAUAUUCUGGUCCUAGUUACCCACACUUAAUUUCCAGUAUUUAAAUUAUAAUUCAUGGUUGUCAAGGUAAUACAAAAUACAGUAAAUGAAUUGAAAUGUACAUACAAUCACGUUUUAUUCCAGAUACUGCCUCAUUGUUUCCCUUAAAUAUUACAAGAUUUGUUGGAUCACAUCAUCACUUACCUAGUUGAAUAUUCAAGAAGCACAUCUGUUCUCUCCAAGGUGGAUCAGUCCAUAUUCUAAACCUUUUUUUAUGAAAUUUAUGUUAGGUCAAGGUCAUGAGAAAUGAAAAUUGAUACAUGAAGUGUUACUCCUCCAAGCUUUAAUGAUACACAUGUAUCAAUGGAAAGUGGUCACCAGAGCAUUCUUUGUUUUAUUAAUUUAACUUGAAGCAUAUUAUGACAUGAAAAUUUGGGGUAGUUCAUUGACUUUCACAACUUUUUUUAUAGUAGUGGUUCAUUCCUGCAUACUUUUGGAAAAUAUGAUCCAAAAGUUCUUUUUUAUUGUUUUUUUUUUUUUGUAGACUAUUUGAUCCCAGUGAACUUGGAAGUAAGUCAAUGUCAUUCAUUUCAAUAUGUGUUUGGCCAAAUAUCAUGCUUCCUUGUGCCAUUGAAAUAAAUUUACACAUAUGAUCCCAGUGACCUUUAGGUAGACAAUGGUAUUAUCAUGGUAUAAGUAUUUUUAAUCCUUUGUUCAUCCAUGUGUGUUCCUGGAUACCUUGGUUAUUCUGAAGUCAUUUGAAAAAGAGUUCAAUGCUGAGCAAAGUGACAUAAAUAAAACAAUAUUCCUU